GCGAUGGGAAGUGAGGGGCGGAGCGCAGCUUAGGCGGGAAGGGAAGUUCGAAGCUGAGGAGAGCCGGGUCGGUUUUCGCCUGGCUUCUGGCGUUGGCAAUCUGAAUUCCAGAACGGGAGCGUGGUUAUGGCUUCAACGGUAUCUUCUGAAUACACUAUCGGGGGAGUGAAAAUUCUCUUCCCUUGCAAGGCCUAUCCUUCACAGCUGGCUAUGAUGAAUGCAAUUGUCAAGGGGCUGAACUCCAGGCAGCACUGCUUAUUGGAGAGCCCUACAGGAAGUGGGAAAAGCUUGGCAUUGCUUUGCUCAGCAUUGUCGUGGCAACAGUCUUUGUACGAAAAGCCAUCGAGUGAAUGGUCAUGCUUAAAGGAAUGCAAGAAGUCAGAGCCCUUGAUGCGAUGUGGCUGUAAUUGCCAUGCAGAACCCACAGCCCAGGACCAGAGUAGUGCAGGGUUGAACCAAGGCAGUUGCUCUUACUUCACUGACAACGAAACCAAGAGCCCUCUGAGCAGCGGAACCACGAUGAGAAAUGGAGAAAACAGCUCAAAAAUCACAAUUUCUUCAAAACUGUCUGCAAAAAAACAAGCAUCUUUUCAUGAAAGCGAAGAUGAUUUUAAAGCAGAUAGGAAAAGAAUUCGUUCACUAGAAACGGAGGAGCAGGCUAAGAAACGAAAUCGACUAGCUAAAGGAGCACAGUUAGUUGAUGCUUUAGAAGUUUAUCAGCAGCAGAGAAAUGGGGAAUUGACUGUGUGCUCAAAGAAACCAGUUCCUUCCUCUCUCAAAAUGUUACAGCCGUUCAGCUCCUGCACUCAGUGUUCAUGUUCUACGGAGGAAAAUGCCAAAGCUGGAGUUGAGGCAAAGAAAACAGAAAAUGCUGGAAAGCCGUUUAUCCCCAAGAUAUUUUUUGGAACACGAACACAUAAGCAGAUUGCUCAGAUCACUAGAGAACUGAGGAGGACGGCAUAUUCCAGCACCCGUAUGACAAUUCUGUCCAGCAGAGACCAUUCCUGUGUUCACCCAAAAGUAUCUGGUUGUAGCAACAAGAAUGAAAAAUGCGUAGAGUUGCUAGAAGCAAAAGAUGGCAAAUCUUGUUCUUUCUACCAUGGAGUCCAUAAGCUUACUGAACAGCACCGUAUGAAAUCUCAGGCUUGGGACAUUGAAGAUUUAGUGAGCAUGGGGAAGAGGCUGCGUUCCUGUGCCUAUUUCGCAGCUCGGGAGCUCAUGGCGGAAGCUGAGAUCGUGUUUUGCCCUUACAACUAUCUUCUAGAUUCACAAAUAAGGGAGAGCAUGGAGAUUGACUUAAAAGGCCAGGUGGUCAUUUUAGAUGAAGCUCAUAAUAUUGAGGACUGUGCCCGGGAAUCAGCCAGUGUCAGUGUGACAGAAGCUCAGCUUCGAUUGGCUCGAGAAGAGAUGGACGCCCUGGUGAACAGCAACAUCCGGAGGAAGGACCACGAGCCCCUGCGGGCCGUGUGCUGCAGUCUGACCAAUUGGUUAAGGGAAACUUCUGGUCAGCUUGUAGAGAGAGGUUAUGAAACUUCUAGUAAAGUCUGGAGUGGACAGCAGAUGGUGGCGUUUUUGCAUGAUAUGGGUAUAACCAACGCUACGUUUCCCAUAUUACAGAAACAUCUUGCAGCUAUCCUCGAAAAGGAAGAAAAAAUAACACUGUUUUCUGGGAAAGAAGAGGUGGUUUGCGUUCCAGUUAUAAGUCCUUCAACUCAGAUUGUGCUAAAAGGACUGUUCACGAUCCUGUCUUACCUUUUUAAACAAAACCACAGGUAUGCGGAUGAUUAUAGAGUCGCCUUGCAGCAGACCUAUGUUUGGCGACCUGAAGGUACAGCUGACCCUGAAGAUACCAAUGGCUUUUUCGCAAGAGGCAAAAGAAAAGCCCAACACAAAACAGCAGUACAGACGCUCAGCUUCUGGUGCUUGAAUCCUGCUGUGGCAUUCUCAGAUGUGAGUGACAAUGUCAGAUCAAUUGUUUUAACCUCUGGAACGCUUUCUCCAAUGGACUCGUUUUCUUCCGAGCUUGGUGUGAAAUUUUCCAUUCAGCUUGAAGCGAACCACGUUAUUCGGGACUCUCAGGUGUGGGUUGGUACUGUUGGAGCAGGCCCCAAAGGCCGGUCGCUGUGCGCUACUUUCCAGCAGGCGGAAACCUUUGAGUUCCAGGACGAAGUGGGGGCUCUCCUGCUCUCUGUCUGCGAAACGAUCGGGCAAGGGGUGCUGUGCUUUCUGCCAUCGUACAAGAUGUUGGAUAAACUGAAAGAUCGCUGGUUGCACACUGGCUUGUGGGAGAAGGUGGAGCUGAUUAAGACCAUCAUCGUGGAGCCCAAAGGAGGUGACAAAGCUGAUUUUGAUGACCUUCUGCAAAUAUACUAUGAUGCUAUAAAAUGUAAAGAAGGGAAAGGUGGUGCCCUUCUUCUCGCUGUCUGCCGAGGCAAGGUCAGUGAAGGCCUGGAUUUCUCUGAUGACAACGCUCGCGCUGUUAUAACUAUAGGGAUUCCGUUCCCAAACGUGAAAGACCUUCAGGUUGAGUUGAAAAGAAAAUACAAUGAUCAGCACUCCAAAGCGAGGGGCCUUUUGCCAGGUAGCCAGUGGUAUGAAAUACAGGCCUACCGAGCUCUCAACCAAGCCCUUGGACGGUGCAUUCGGCACAGGUGUGACUGGGGUGCGCUGAUUUUAGUCGACGACCGCUUCAGGCGGAACCCCAAAAAAUACAUAGCUGGUCUAUCGAAAUGGAUCCGUCAGCAAAUCCAGCAUCACGAAUGCUUUGAGCAUGCGCUCGGUUCUUUGGAUACGUUUACUAAAAAAAACCAGAAGGUCAUCGAUUCUUCACUUCAGGGCAAUGCUGAACCUCUGUUCACGCCUUCACGUUUGAUGACCCCGUCAACAAAUUCCUUUUUGGAGGCCACCCAGCAUCCUUCACGGGAUGUUUCUGUUGAAAGAGGAGCGCAGAACUUGGUCCCAGAAACGCUUUCUGCUGUGGACGUCGACAUGACUGGUCCAGCAACGUCCAGCCAGUCACACGGCAUCUUUGCAAAGGAAAAAAGCGAUUGGCUAUCUUAUCAGACAGUAAACCAAGAAAACCUUACAGACUCCAAAUCCAGCGGUUCCACCAUUGAGAACAAAAGAGGGAAAGUAAGCAGUCGUCUCACCUCUGGUAACAUAAAGCACUAUUUUAGUAAAAUGUUGACGUCAACACCUCGGCCUGCAGAGAGAAAGAAAAACACUUCCAAAGCAGCGUGGCAACCAGAGCAGCCAGUUGGCAAGCCCUGCCAGCUCGCCACAAGCGGACGCCAGCAGAAGCUGUUUUCAGCUGGAGAAGGCAGACCAAAUGAGCUUGCAGCACAUGGAGAAACUAUUAGCGAGGCAAGAGAGGCUUCUGGCUCAGUCUUUCCAGAAUAUACUGCUGAACAGCAGCUCUGCAUCUAUGAAGACAGUGGGGGUGCAGCUGUUUCUCCAUUGAGAGGGAACACCAAACUGUCAAUGUCGGACAUAAAUGUCGAUGAAGAUGCUGAUGAUAGUAUCUAUUUCACACCUGAACUUUAUGAUGAGUCAGAAGAGAAAAGUGAAUUGCUAACACACGCUUCCAGUGAGAUGGGGACUGUGUUGGAACUUGCUGUGUCUGUUGCAACUGAAGAUCCUCUGGAAAUUAGUGCCCCAAGCGCAGUAGAUACUUCAGUCGGGAUGCAAACCGAUGCAGCAGCAGAGUCAGGGAACCAUGAAAUCUUGCAAAGCUGUAAGAGUUAUAACAACGGUGCCGUCGGAGCAGCUGUAUGUAGUAUUAGCAUAGGUGAAGCUGGGCAGAAAGAAGAGACUCCAAGAAGGAGAAAUAAACUUUCCAGAUCAAGGAACAAAGGUGUGUCUCUCUUUCAGUCAAGUGGUCAUUAGAACCUCAUUUCUAUCAGUUCAGCUAGGUUUUCCAGACAGAAGCAUGAAAUGGGUUAUUCUUUUAGUUUUACAUCAGGACAAACGCCAUCAAUACAUUUUUUUUUUUUCAGUCAAGCAAAGCAAGUUACAAAUCAUCCGAUGCUGAAACAUCACAGCUGAUCUGUGUCUCCUCCUCCUCUCUUCCCUGUAGCGUUUAAUAAAGGAAAAAGAGUGGCAGUA